AUGAAGGUUCACCCUAGGCUGAGAGAAGGCAAAGGAAGAGCAGAGCCCCAGCAAGAAACUACAGGUCUCUCAGCAGCCAAAUUGUUGACUGAGUCAGGCUUGAAUGUGGUGCUACUGGAAGCCAGUGACAGGGUUGGAGGAAGAACUUUCACUCUAAGGAAUAAGCAAGUUAAAUAUGUGGACCUUGGAGGAGCAUAUGUGGGACCAACACAAAACCGUCUCCUGCGGUUAUCUAAAGAGUUAGGAAUAGAGACGUAUAAAGUGAAUGAAGCUGAACACCUGAUACACCAUGUCAAGGGUAAAUCUUACCCCUUUAAAGGUCCAUUCCCACCUAUGUGGAAUCCUUUGGCCUACCUGGACUACAACAACCUCUGGAGGACCAUGGAUGAAAUGGGAAAAGAGAUUCCCAGUGAAGCUCCGUGGAAGGCUCCACAUGCAGAAGAAUGGGAUAAAAUGACUAUGCAAGAUUUAAUAGAUAAAAUUUGCUGGACGAGGGCUGCCAGGAGUUUUGCAACUCUGUUUGUGAAUGUAGACGUCACUUCUGAACCCCAUGAGGUCUCUGCCCUUUGGUUUUUGUGGUACGUGAAGCAGUGUGGGGGGACAGCCAGGAUAUUCUCAACAACCAAUGGAGGGCAGGAAAGGAAGUUUGUUGGAGGCUCUGGCCAGAUUAGUGAGAAAAUGAUGGAGCGACUGGGGGGCCGAGUGAAGCUAAGGAAGCCAGUAGUCCGGAUUGACCAGUCAGGAGAAAACGUCAUAGUGGAAACCUUAGAUCAUGACUUAUAUGAGGGCAAAUAUGUGAUCAUUGCCAUUCCCCCAGCGCUUGGUUUGAAGAUUCAUUUCAACCCACCUUUGCCCCCAAUGAGAAAUCAGUUGAUCAACCGAAUCCCCAUGGGCUCAGUCAUCAAAUGCAUCGUGUACUAUAAGGAAACUUUCUGGAGAAAGAAGGAUUAUUGUGGUACCAUGAUCAUUGAAGAUGAGGAUGCUGCAAUUGGUCUGACACUCGAUGAUACUAAGCCUGAUGGCAGCUUUCCUGCCAUAAUAGGCUUCAUUCUUGCUCGAAAGUGUAGAAGACUGACGCACCUCACAAAAGAAGAAAGAAAAAAGAAGCUGUGUGAGCUCUAUGCAAGGGUUCUGGGAUCAGAGGAAGCUUUACACCCAGUGCAUUAUGAAGAGAAGAACUGGUGUGAAGAGCAGUAUUCUGGAGGAUGCUACACGGCGUACUUCCCACCAGGCAUAAUGACUCAGUAUGGAAGGAUUCUUCGGCAGCCCGUUGACAAGAUCUAUUUUGCUGGCACAGAGACAGCCACUGAGUGGAGCGGAUACAUGGAGGGGGCCGUACAGGCUGGAGAAAGAGCAGCCAGAGAGAUACUGUUUGCUAUGAGGAAAAUCCCAGACAGUGAAAUUUGGAAACCUGAACCUGAAUCAAUUGAUGUUCCAGCUCUGCCCAUCACUACAACCUUUUGGGAGAGGAACUUGCCGUCUAUACCAGGACUGCUAAAGUUGAUUGGAUUUUCCACUUUCUUCACCUCUGUGGCAGCUGCAGGGCUAUUUGCCUACAAAAAGGGACUUCUAGUUCGAAACUGAAAAAGGUGCCAAAAAAAGCCUCACACUUGCUGUUUUCUUUUUUUCAGAGUUUUUUUUGGCAUGUACUUCCCUAUCUCCACAAUCAGGUCAUGACUGGAGAAGAGGAGAAAACAGUAGAGAGAAGAUGCUAGGAGGGAGGUAUAAUAAAUAAAGGGGAUCCAGACUGAAAAAAGAACCCCUUGAAUCCAGACCUACUUUUAGCAGUAAUUUUUUGUUGGAUUUCUAGGAAACCCUGGCAAGCAUUAUCACCUUGAGGUUUUUAAUCCAGAUCUUAGAACAGAAGUGACAAGAUACCUCAGUAAAGCCUGUUCUGAUUCAAUUUCCAGUCAUUUUUACAUUUGCAUCAGAACCAGACCCUGGACUGCAAGUCUUCAUAGGCAUGUCCAUCUCUAGCUGUAAACAAAGUAUUUCUGGCCAUUGUCUCUGACUGAGAAAAGAAAUCCAUAGCUUAAAGAAUAAUAGAUUAGUUCAUGCAAAUUACUGGUGGGGAUCUUUCAGGUUUUUUUUUUCCUCAGAUGUCUGAAGCCUAGGCAGCACUUCAAGAACAGUUCAGGAUACCUUUUGAAAUGGUGUUCUAAAUUUAUCCAUCCACACUAUGCCAGUAUGCCCAUAGUUUAUUAGCAUCUCCAAUGGCAUAGUUGCCGCACAGUAAGUUAAAGACAGUGUCUUUGCUGCCUUUGGCAAUGGAGUUGAAUUCCAGGAGCCCCAGCUGUGCUCACACUGCCUGCAAGGGCAUAGCUCAUGUGUCGCUGGGUGCGACCAGAUCUUCUCUGCCUAGAAAACUGGCAGAUUCCAGACCACAGCCAAUGUGUAAAGCAAUAUGGCUGAUCAGGACAUUGGCCUUGAGUGUGGACUGGGAGCCUUGUGUUAAUGUGAGGGUUUGGAUGUAGCCAUUGGAAGAUUUUUCACCCUUUAGUGCCUCUGUGGCUCCACAGUUUUAACUCCCUAAAUUGUUGCAAGAUAUCAAGGGAACAAAUUAACCUGUGCCUAUCCCAG